AUGUCUAGUAGCGACAGAGCUCAUGUCUAUGGGCGACAGCCUGCAUACUGUGAAGAUGCAGAUCAAAACGACAACGGCAUCGAAGGCACCAAAGUUGCUGCCUCGGUCGCACCUGGAAGCCCCGGCAGGGAAAUCUCCAACACUAGAAGGGCACGGAGUAACAGGUCCCUGCCAGAGCCGCCAUCGCCUCAUGCUUUGUCCGACGACAGCUCAGUCACAUCCAGCAGUGGAAGCGGGAGCGGGAGUUCUGCUACCGACCAGCGGACCCAUCGGAAUGCCGAUGUCAGCAGGCGCAAGUCGACCAGGGAUCAUCCCAAAUCACCAACGUCGAAGCGAGUGACUUAUGACGAGGGCUCGUCCAGAUAUUACAGCGCCGCCCCCGAAGGACAUGGCUCAAGGUCUCGGAGAUCAUUACAUCAGGAAGACGCCGCUUGGUACGGCCGAAGCCCAGUUGAUGCCGACCCCUUGAUAAUGCCAGGUGUCUCACGCCCACGUGCUGGUACUGGGGAUCUCUCAUAUCGUCAUUCCAGCUACCACGUAAACACUACCUCGCGGCCACCACUGGCCAACGCGAGGUAUGCAACGCAGUAUUCCAUUCCUGCAAAUCAGAUGCCACCGGGACAUCCAAUGGCCGGGUCUUUCCCACCCCCUCCGUAUCUGCCAGCACCGGGUCCCCAGCCGCCGUGGGGGAAUCCCCAUCUCGUACAGCAGAUACAUCCGCCACCGCUGCCGCCGCCGUUGAUGGGAGAAUACUUUCCGCCGCCACCAACUCGGUCUCUAGAAAGUCGUUUCGAAUCCAUGUCAAUGGGACCCGGUCGCUCUGCAUCCGCAAUGGGUCACCGCCAGGUUCGCUAUGAUGAUGGGCGUUACGACCAGGAGAAUCGUAAUCCGGCCGUUUCCAUUCAGCGUCGAUCAUCUGCAAAGACGAAAAAGCGGGAUGAACAGCCCAGGUUGGAUGCCAGGUUGGAGGACAGGCUGCGAAUGCCACCACCUCCGCCGCCUAGGCCACACUCAACCGCCCCCAGACACAUAUCCACCGGCCCUUUUCGCCCGCCUUCUCGAGGGCCCAGCGAUAAUAAUCCCUUCACCCCUCGCAUGCAGACAUCUGCAGAGCUCGAGCCGUUCAACUAUGCUCAAGAACGUUCCAGGAUGCGGCGCCCCAGCGUCAGUAGUCGACCGAUGAGUUACGAUCAUGGGGCUUACCAAACCGAGGUAGCUACCACAAGGUCUGAUCGAAACCGCCGGAACUCUUACUAUGGCGGAGCUCCGCUUGAGAACAAGAUGGCAGAGAAAAUUGCUGCUGCACAUGCCUAUCAAGAUUUCGUCGAAGGCGGGCCCGCACCCGCACUGACAGCCGAGGCAUUGCGAAAGGCUGAGCGGCGGUCACGUCCUGCUCCUAGCAGCCACUCGACACGCAGCUCUGGCAGUCGCGAGGAGAGCGACUUUGUGCAGAAGUCUGCCACUACUCGGACUACGCGGUACACCGAGGAAAACGAUGAUUUCACCGUUCGAGUUGUUGGGGCCGCUACGCUCAAGAUGGGCGGUGCCGAGUUGCAGUGCAAAGAGGGUGCCGAGAUCAACUUCUCGAGGGGCAAUUCCACCGCCGCCGGCGAAGGCAGCGACAGGUCCAGCUAUGUGGAUCCGGCUGACGAUCGCAGAGUUAGCAGGUCCGGCAGGACGGCGACGUCUUACAGGCCCCGUACAUCUUCUCAGGCCGGUUCCUACGGUAGAGCUGGUGGCUAUGACGGCUAUCUGGAGUAUGAUAGACAGCCAGCAACGUACCAACACCGCAUGCCGCCACUGCCUCCUCCACCCGAUUCUGGAAACUCCUACGCCCACUACAGCGCAUACGAACAUAAUUUUGUCUGA